AUGCCGCCACCACCUCCUCCUCCACACCAUCCACCACAGCCAUCUCCACCAGGAGCUUCCUCUUCCUACCAUUCCGCAUCUCAGCGUAAUUACCCGCUCUCACCACCGGCAACCAGCAGUUCAGGCCACCCUUUUCCUCCUCUUCGACCUCCCUCUCGCACCUCUUCAGCCAUCGACGACUCUGCCCGAGACCGAUGGAGACAGCCAGGCCCAGCUCCCUCGCCUCGCUCCCAUCUCAUGAAUAUGAACUCGCUUCUCGGCCCUUCCGCCGCACCUGAUCCCGCCGAUCCUCGACACAUAAUCUAUGACCGCGAACGCGAGCGAGAACGCGACCGCGACCGCGACCGCGACCGUGACCGUGACCGUGACCGUGACCGUGACCGUGAAUGGGGAUGGCAACGAGAGCGUGAACGCGAAUGCGAGCAAUGGGAAAGAGAACGCCAAAGGGACCGUGCACGUAGUGCCAUAUUCCCUGGAGGACCCUCGUCUCGCACUGUUCCUCCUCCACCCCAUCCCAGCGACCGUCGCUCUCCCAUCAUGCCAUAUGGCCACGCCUCCACCAGCCCAUCAUCUCAGUCUGCACCUACUAGACCAAAAUGGAGCGACCCCAACGCCCAAGAUGUUCCGCCAGGCUACCACAGGGAACGCGAAUGGGAACGCGAGCGAGAAUAUGAACUCGACAGGGAGUGCGAGAUGCGAUGGAGAGCCUCUAAAAGAGCAGGUGGUGCUCCUGACAUGCCGCCCUCGCAACAUGCUCGUGCUCCUAGUGGUGACAUGCGAUAUGCAGUCGGUGGUCCGCCCCCUGGCAUGCUUGGCGAGCCAUCGCGCAGCUCUCGAGAGCCGUAUCCUUCUUCCUUGCCACCUCGAAGGAGUCCUGCACCUCGUCUUGCUGGCCGUCCAGGCCCUGCCGGAAGGAUACGCGAGCCGAGUGCUGAUGUGCCUCUCGCUGCUGUGGGCCCCGAAAGCUCGCCUCGGCACCCUUCCUACCUUGGCCCUUACGAUGAUCCUCGAGCCGCUCCCAUAACCCCUGGACAUGGCGGAAUGCUUCCACCUGCAGGUCGCUCACCCGAUCGCAUGCGUGCCCCGCUCUCAUACGGUCACUACGACGGUCCCAUGUCCGAGCGCGAGCUCAUGCAGCGGGAGAGGGAGCGUGAUUGUGACCGCGAAAUGAUGGCAGGCGAUCGAUACGGUCGUCGCAUGCACGCUGAACCCAUGAUGAUGGACGAACCUAUGUACGACCGCUUUGGACCACGUGGUCCUCCAUCCGGUCCUCUCGCUCCACCUUCCUCAAAAUCUGUCAGCGGUCGAGGAUACGAUGACCGUGGACCACCUCCACCGCUGCCUUACCCGCCUCCUAGUCCAACUCAGAGUCGCGACGGUGACCGACGAAAGGAAAAGAAGCCCCAGCCCGGAGCUAGUGCCAAUGCCUCCCGUGAAUCUUCGGUUCCAGCUCAGUCCAGGCCACUGCCUCCUCACUUCGAGGCAGAUCGUCCAGGACUUCCUCCGCCCAUGGGUCCAGGUCGUGAGUCAUCGGCCAAGCUCGACCCUGCCGUUGGUCCUCCUCGUCGUGCACCUCUGUCGCCUAGCAGUGAGCGCAGUGCUCCCUUCCGAGAUCGACCUCCUCACCGAGGCCCUUCGAUUCCUCCUUACGGUGGACCUCCCUCCGAGCGUGACCUUCGAGAACGCGACCGCGAGAUGGCUAUGCAACGAGAGCGCGAGCUUGAGGCCGAGCACGAGCGUGAGUGUCUACGCCAGCGAGAGAGAGUCGAGCAGGAGCGUGAGAUGGAAAUUGAGCGGGAACGCGAGCUCGAACGCGAACAUCGUCGCAUGGAAGAGAUCGAGCGGGAGCGUCAACGGGAGCGAGAAAUCGAGCUUGAGAGAGAACGUGAACGUGAAAAGGAGAAAGAGCGCGAGAAGGAAAAGGAACGCGAGCGUAGGGAGCGUCGUCGUGAAAAGCAACAGGCGGACAAGAUGGCCGCUAUGGAACGGGAAAAGGAGAGGGAGCUACAUGCACAGGCACAGGCACAGGCACAGGCACAGGCACAGGCACAAGCUCAAGCUCACGCCCAAGCCGCAGCAGCUGCCGGACAGAUGCACUCCGGUGCUCUUGGCGAGCUUCCACCCCACAUCCGACCUCCACCUGCCAGCCUGGAGGAGGCUUUGAUCGCUACUGCCCAGCAACAGGCAGCUGCAUUUGGCAGACCUCCCAACAUGGCCGACUUCCACGCUGCUGCUGCAGCUAUUGGCUACCCUCCUGGCAUGCCAUUGCCGCCUGCAAUUCAUCCAGCCAUGUUUGGUGGAAUGGGUCCAGCCGCUGAGGCCUUGAUGCCGCAACAGCCUCAUGUCAUCCGUGACCCCAACGCCGGACCAAGGGUGGAUAGCGAGCCUGUCUGGCUCUAUCUCGAGCUAUGUGAGCGUGACGAGUCAAUUCGUAGGGCUGAGCGUCUCCCGUUUGACGUGCUUGCUGAUGAACAGAAGCAGGAGGUCGCAGCCGAGCUAGCCGGCCUCGCACCUCAAGGUGCUGAGAAGGCUGCAGCUGCGGCGGCAAAAAGUGCUCCUGAGCGUGCUCCUGCAGCCGCUGCCGCUGUCGAGGGCGCUAUCGAAGGUGAAUCAACUCAGCCUGCCAAGCUGGCGCCCGUGCAGGAUUCCACCAUCCCUGUCGUCGAAGCACCUGUCGACCCACUCCCACGUCAUCUUAUCGGAAUGGACAAAGGUCGACCGGUCCGGCACCUCGGUUCAUGGAUCUACGAUCCCACUGUCGACCCUCUUUUCCCUGCCGAGCUUCUCGCUCGCAACGUCGGUUCGACUCUCGAGGUUCGCAUCCCUGGUGACCUGCUUAGCUGUGGAGGUCACAGUGGACCGCAUUGGGAGCAAUACCGCAGUCUGGAGACAGAGUGUCUCGCGAGGUCCAAGAUCGGCAAUCCGCUCAAGCAUAUGCUCGAAGGCGAUCGAGGGCGAGUGGCGCUGAACGGCGACGGCAACAAUUGGAAGCUCGGUUGGAGAGGCAAGGAACAUGCUAGAAUGAGCUUGGAGAUGCGGAUUGAGGAGAAGAUUGCUGAGGCACAGUUGUUUGGCCAGAAGAUCCCUCCCUACGACAAGCAGAACCAGACUGAGGCGGGUGAUGAGAAGAAGAAGAAGAAGAAGAAGAAAGCUGACGAGCAAGACAAAGCUCAGGCCAAGGACGGCGAGACCACUGAAGCCAAGGCUGCUACUAGCAACGGUGCAGCUGGCGCUGGCAAGGACGACAUUGGAAAGGUGUCACCGUGGCGAUUCUGGCGACUCAAGCCAUUGCUGCGUCGCAAGUUGUGGGGUACAGAUGUCUACACCGACGACUCCGAUGUGCUAGCCAUGUGCGUACACGCAGGAUGGGUCGAAGGUCCCUCACUCGAAGCCGAAGGUAUCCCUGCGUGGGUACCUCCUGGACGAGCAGCUCGCGCCUGGAAUGGGCUCACUGCCACUUGCACCCGCAGACAGUCCAAACCUGGCGGUGAAGCUACCGACGUCGAAAUGACCGACUCCACCAAGCCCAAACCCUCAACUCGCAACCCCGUAAAGAUCGAGCCCAGCUGCGACCUAUCCGUCAUCCUCCGUAUCGCACCCAAGCUGAUCGCCUACAAAGGUUGUCAACGAGGAGGCAUCAAAUCCCGCUCGUGGGGUAACUCGCACGACGGAGUCUCACUCGUCGUUGAAUCUGUCGAAUUGAAACAGCCGAGCUAUGCACAGAGUAAAGGAAGGAAAUCGGCCAAAGCUAGGAUCGAGCAACUGGCUGCUUUCCGUGCUGCUACUGGAGCAGUCGAGAAGGCAGAGGAGAAGGCAGGGGAGAAGAGAGACGGGGCAGUAGAUCUCAAGAAGUUGCUCAGGGAUACACAGAUUGUUUCACUGGCUGAGAUUGUACGUGGUAUGAAGAGGGGUAGAGGAGAGGGGAGUGAGGAAGGGAGCGAGCAGAAGAGGCUGUUUUGGGAGGUUCAAUGA